GACAACGUAUAUAAGGCGGCACCGUGAAUGAAUGUUCAGAGUGUAGCUUCCAGCUGAAGUUCAACAUGGCUCGCAACGUGGCAGUGACCUCCCUCCUCGUGGCUCUGUGCCUCAUAGCAGCAGUUGCUGGACACCACACGUACGGCAUUGGGGGACACAGACCUGUUGUCCACGGCAGUGGGGUGCUCGGUGGUGUUCACGGAGGUGUCCACGGAGGUGUCCAUGGAGGUGUUCACAGCGGUGUCCUCGGGGGUGUCCACGGAGGCAGUGUUCAUGGCGCAGGUCUCGUAGGCUCUGGCAUCCAUGGCGCAGGUCUCGUAGGCUCUGGCAUCCAUGGCGCAGGUCUCGUAGGCUCUGGCAUCCAUGGCGCAGGUCUCGUAGGCUCUGGCAUCCAUGGCGCAGGUCUCGUAGGCUCUGGCAUCCACGGCGCUGGAUCCUUCAACACCGCUCAUUACCCUGGUCUUGUGCCUGGUUACAGCUUCUACGACCAGAGACCCGUGCUCGGAUACAACACGUGCAAGUACUGGUGCAAGAGUAAUUAUACCAACAAGUACUACUGCUGCCAGCGACCUUACCAAGGAUAGACUCAGAAUUUUCUAUGAAAUGUAUUUAUUUGUUGAUCGUCUGCCAAAGCAUCAGAAAUUAUUUACUCAAAAAUAAAAAUUAUUUUCACGAUUCUC